UUUGAUUUAUGCCAAAAUUAAUUUUCCGAAUUAAUAAAUAAUGAAUUAGUUUUCCUUUGUCCUUGUACGUUGUCCUUUGUAAAAAAUUCCAAAGGCUAAUUUCCCCACCCGGACCGUUACGAAAGGAAUCUAUUAAUAAUCACGUCGUUUUAUAUUACACUGAAAAUUCGCAUUUAGUUUAACUGAUCAAUACUGCAGAAUUUUUGGGCACUAAGUCGAUUAAACGUCGUAUAAGUGCCUAGCAAAAGCCGAAUUUAAGUUAUCUAUUUUUAUUAGCCGAUAUUAAAAUAAAUAUUCGAAAGAUCACAUUUAAAAUGGCCAGUUUUACUGCCCAGGCAGCCCUUCGGGCCCGCUGGAGUUCCUUGGUUGAGGAACAUUCCAUUGAGGUACCGGCAGAGGUUACCAACAAGGUUACCAGUGUUGUUGGCUGGCUUAAACAGGUCAAUAUAGUCCUAGAAACAGCUAGUUUUCUGUUGCUUUUUUGGCAUGAAAGUUAUAGUUUAUUUUGUCAAAUUUUUGCACAGCAAGAAGUAGAUAGUGAGGAGUCCCACCUGUUUUGCAGCUUAAUUUUCAGGCAUCAUUGGAAGUGCGGGCGGCUGGUAGACGCGCUGUAAACACUUUAGCAGGCUCGAACAUGUCCGACACUGUGGUGAUUCUUCAUUUUAAUGAUGUUUAUAAUGUGGAACCGAGACAGGGCCCUGAACCUGUGGGGGGUGCGGCCCGGUUCUGCACCGCAGUAAAGAGUUUUCAGCACUUAAACCCUCUGGUUUUGUUUAGUGGAGAUGCUUUUUCACCAAGCAUGUUGAGUACUUUUACAAAAGGGGAGCAAAUGGUACCAGUAUUAAAUGAGAUUGGGACACACUGUGCUGUUUUAGGCAAUCAUGAUUUUGAUCACGGUCUUGAAGUGCUGUCCCAAUGGGUCUCUCAAACCGACUUUCCCUGGUUAAUGUCCAACGUGGUCGAUAACGAAACCGGACGUCCGUUAGGCGAGGGUCGAAUAACCCACGUAGUUCACUGGUCUGGCAAAAGAAUCGGCCUGGUAGGCCUAGUGGAAAAAGAAUGGCUCGAUACAUUGGCCACCAUCAAUCCAGAGGAGGUGACCUUCUUAGACUUCGUCGAGGCCGGUCAAAAGUUGGCCGCCCAACUUAAACAGGAGGGAUGCGAUUAUGUUAUCGCACUCACGCACAUGCGCACUCCCAACGAUAUAAAACUGGCCGAGAAUUGCGAGGAAAUUGACCUGAUUUUGGGAGGUCACGAUCACGUUUACGAGGUCAAACAGGUUAAUAACAAGUACGUGAUUAAAAGCGGUACGGAUUUCAGACAGUUGAGUAAGAUAUGCGUGAAUUUUGAACACGUCAAAAGUGGCGGAAGACCUGAAGUCACCAUAGAGGAGGUGAACGUAACAUCACAGUAUGCGGAAGAUCCGAAGUUAAAGGAGAAGUUAGAAAAGUAUACCAGUGUGGUGCAAUCCAAGAUGGACGAUGUCUUGGGGUGCUUUUCGGUACCCUUGGAUGGAAGGUUUACAUCUAUAAGAACGUCUGAAUCAAAUUUAGGCAAUUGGGUUUGCGACGUUGUUCUGGCAGCCACAGGAGCGGACCUGGUCAUCCUAAACUCCGGCACUUUCCGAUCCGAUCAGGUCCAUCCAGCUGGCGAUUUUACUAUGCGCGACCUCACUAACAUAAUUCCAAUGCGGGACCCUCUGGUGGUACUAAAAGUAACCGGUCAGCAAAUCCUCGAAGUACUGGAAAACGCCGUAUCAAUGUAUCCGAAACUGGAGGGCAGAUUUCCCCAAGUAGCCGGCGUCAGUUUCGCUUUCAACCCCAAUAAACCACCCGGGCAACGGGUCGAACCUGCUUUCGUGCGGAUAGGUGACGAAUAUUUGAAGCUGGAUCAGUAUUAUAGGUUGGCCACUAAAAGUUAUUUGCAUAGCGGCUGUGAUGGUUAUUCCAUGUUAAAAAACACGGAAGUUUUGGUGAAUGAAGGAGAGUGUCCAGAGUUGGGUUUAGCGAUUCAAAAUCACUUUCAAGCUAUUAAUAUGAGGCUGGGGAAGACACGGAAGCAGUCGAAGCAUAGACAAUCAUUGGUUACACUUUCCAGAAGACAUAGUUUAGUAAAAAUGUUGGACGGUAGCGAAUUGGACGGGCCCCCGCCUUUACGUAGGGCAAGUACAAUAGACACCUCAACGCAUAAUAACGUGCACCACGGAGCGAAAUUAACUCGUAGGGCUUCACUGGAUGACUUGGAACAAGAAAGUUGUCAACUGAUACCGAAAAUUGACCACAGAAUUAUGGUGAUCAAUAGCGAAGAGAAAUACCAAGAACUUAUGCUACAAAGGCAGAGGUUCGAGCAGGACUCAAUAAUAGAAGAAGUGGACGAAUGCUCGCCUCAAAAUUAAUUGUUUUAAACUACCCAAGAAUUGUCCCAAGUUACCAUAUUGUGUUAAUUAAGUCUGCCUUCUUCCAUAGAAACACUUUUCUGGUUCAUUAUAUUGUAUGUACAAAAAGAUCUCAAGAAUAUAUAGGUAAAAUAGAUCAUAUAAUAGGACAAAAUCUAUAUUUGCCUUCAAAAGAACACCAUUAAUAUAUAGUUGUAAAGAUGCAUUCCACAACGAAGGUUUUUUAGUUCUUUUUUCAAACUACAGUUUAGUCCGGUUCUGAUAAAAAUGUCACUUGUCAAAUAAAUGACGUUUAGCGCAUUGUGUAUUAUAUGCCAAUUUUAUUGUCAGAGCCGGGCUCGGCAAAUAUAAGUGGCGCUUAUAAACAAAUGAAAACUGGUCUCAAUUAAUUCCAGAGCUUUAAUAAGUUAAGUAGAAUGUAUAAAUGUAUGCAAAAUGACCUCUAUGUAAACAAAUUAUAUUGUAUAAGCAUAAGUUUGCACUUCCCUUUCUUGUAACGAUACAAAAUCUCAAAAUUUAAAUAAUAUUUAUUAUAUUUUG